AUGUCAGACUACAAGAAUCAAUCUGCUACAGCUGAUAAGGGUUGCGAACUGCUAGUAGUGGCUGAUGGUGGGGAAGAAGAAGAAGCAGAAGAAGAAAAACAAAAAGUGCUAAGCGGCGGGUCGAUACAAGAAAUGUCAAGAUUAAAGGACUAUGAAAUUAUACAUAAGUUAGGUCAAGGUACUUUCGGUGUGGUGCAGAAAGCGAGAUCAAAGGAAACAGGAGAACUUGUUGCUAUCAAACAGUUACUAAACCAUCUGGCGAAAGAAGGGUUCCCUAUAACGGCCAUGAGAGAAAUAACCAUUUUGAAGCAACUACAUCAUCGCAACGUGAUGAAUAUCAAAGAAAUGAUUUUUGAAGAGGCCCAUGUGGCAAACCCAUCGGACUUGGUAUCGCAACGAGGAUCUUUCUACACGGUGUCGCCUUACAUAUCCAGUGACUUGGUGGGCAUUUUGGAGAAUCCCAAUAUAGAUUUGAAGUUGGACGAAAUAAAAUGUAUUAUGAAACAGUUACUCCAAGGUACACAAUAUAUACACGAACAAAACUAUUUGCAUAGAGAUAUAAAAGCGGCAAAUAUAUUAGUCGACAGUAAUGGAGUUUUGAAAAUUGCAGACUUUGGUUUGGCUCGAGUAUACCAUGGAGACGUACCACGACUAGGAAUGGGGCCUGGAGGUGGCGAGAAAGCUUAUACAGCGCUUGUGGUUACCAGAUGGUACAGACCCCCAGAAAUCUUACUUGGUGAAAGGAAGUAUACAACCUCGGUUGACCUCUGGGGUAUUGGAUGCGUGUUUGCCGAAUUGUUCACGGGCAAGCCGAUUUUGGUGGGGAAAACGGACGCACAUCAAGCACAGCUUAUUUUCGAAUUGGUGGGACUGCCCAAAUCUUGGCCAGAAGCGGCAAAGCUACCGAAUAAGAACGAUUUCAACAUUGGUUUGAAUUGCAAUCGAACCUUGGAAACGAGAUUUGAAAAAAUAAUGCCCCCAUCAGCUAUUAGAUUAUUGAGCGGGCUUUUGACAUUAGAUCCGUUUAAAAGAUUCAACGCGUUGGAUGCGCUUGACCACGAUUUUUUCAAAACUGAACCGUUACCAUUGAGUCCAGAGCAAAUGCCGCAGUUUGGAGAGUGUCAUGAAAUUGAUAAGGAAAAGUUUUCAGCAUUGCGAAACACAGCACGACAAACAACAAAAAGUGAUCAUUACGCUACACAAGGCAUCACUGAUGACCCGCGCCAAAAAAAGCGCUAUGAGAAAAAGGUUAUCAAGAACGAGGCGGGUGUUGCUAGUAAUGAGCAUUAUGGGAACUUUCUGAUUACACACGGACGAGACUCACCACGAGGAUACAAUGACCCCAAUAACCAACACCGGUACGUUGCGAAGGAGCCUGUAUCUCAAAAUGGUUACAAUUUCAGAACAAAGCAUAAUUAUCGAGAUGAGGGUGCUUCAUAUUACGAUAAUGAAUAUCACGAGGAAAAGGAAUACGAGGGAGAUUACGAGAAAGGCCAUGAGUACCAGUCCGGAAGACUGAGGUAUUCGAAAUCAUCUCUGUAUGAUUAUGUUCCCAGGAAUCAGCAGUCACUUGCACUGCGGCGGGGUCAGGGUACACAUUCUAGAUCGCUAGGAUCCUCUUUUUAUGAUAAGCAGAUGCGGUACACAAACCGGGAAUCGACUCGAGAUGAAAAUUCACAUGCACGAUCAAGGAACCCUAAUAAUUACCAACCAGAAAGGGAAUAUAUUUCAAGAUCGAGAAUGGAUUUUCCUUCAUUUUCAGGUAGAAAUCGUUUUGAACAGCAAACAAGUAAAUUUCCUCAAGAUCCACCAGUAAGAUCUGCUGUGGGAAAAGGAAAGAUAUUGUACAAGAGCGCUAACUUUGACACUGUAAGAAAUAGACCAGAACCGCUGGUUGUUGAUAGUGCUCUGCUGGGAAACCGACAUGAUGGCUAUGAGUGGACAAACAAAAGAGGUCCAUCCACUCGUAUAGGUGUGACACCGCAUGAUGCUGUAAAAUCUAAGGAGACUGACUUGGAAAUCAAGGCGAAUGAUUUGCAGAGCAACAAGGAUAUAGAAUAUGGUUCGGAAGCAAAAGAAGGCUCUUUUGAAAAAACUGAUACAAAGAACUCCUUUUUUGAACAAACUGAGGAACUUCGGCUGAUGAAUGCUAAGUCUGUAGACAAGAGCCCUCAUUCACAUCAAAAAUCAGGAACAAGUGAAAAUCAAAAUAGAUCUGAAGGGAAGUCAAGGGUAAGUACAUUGACUAAGGAUCAAAAACACUUUUCUGAAGCAGACACAAAAGCAAAGUUGAAUGAUUCUGAAGAAGUAUUAUCGGUAGCAAAAGGAAGCAGCAGGAAAUAUUCGUCCUCCAUUGUUACCAGAAACAAAGCAUCAGAUGUUACCGGACUGUUCCUACCAAAAAGCGGGUCAGCACCAUCGAUCGAUGAAGCAUCAAAAAAUGUGAAAUCAGAAAAUUCACCAAGCGUGGCCAAAACUACUUCAUUGAACCCACUUACAAAGUCAACAACCGGUACUUCAGUAAGUUCGAAACUAUAUAAUAACAAACUAGCGACACAUACUCCUGAUGGUAUGCUGCACAAACCAGCAAGAACGGAAGGAGUUGUUGAAAAUGAUAUAAACAAAAAGAGGUCCCGCCCAAUCGGAGAAGAGCCAUCUUCAUGUUUUCUACAACAAGCAAAGAAAAAGCUAAAAGCAAGUGCUACUGUAUAUGUGAACAAAGAAACAGUUAAAUAUAUUCUGGAGCAAGGCAGUGAUCUAAGCGAGUCCGAGGAAUCAGCUGAAAAUAAAAAGAACACUCAUCUUUUAGAUGGAUUUUUGAGAAAAGAGGAGCUUAUGAGGGAUCCAAAUUUUAGAAAAUUUCAGAAUGAGGUUUUGAAUUUCAAUAAACUGGUGGAUCACUGA